AUGAUUCAUAGUUUAUUCAUAAUAAACCCAUCUGGAGAUGUUUUUCUUGAAAAACACUGGAGGAGCGUUAUACCUAGAUCUGUUUGUGAUUAUUAUCUGGAAGCGCAGAGAGCCUCACCAAAUGAUGUCCCACCAGUUUUAGCAGCUCCUCACCAUUAUUUAAUAUCUAUUCAAAGAGGUGGGGUAGCACUUGUAGCUGUAAGUAAGCAAGAGGUUGCACCGCUUUUUGUUAUUGAAUUCUUACACAGGGUAGUUGAUACAUUCCAGGAUUAUUUUUCAGAUUGUACGGAGACUAUUAUAAAAGAGAAUUAUGUUGUUGUGUAUGAGUUGUUGGAUGAAAUGUUAGAUAAUGGAUUCCCGCUAGCGACUGAGAGUAAUAUAUUAAAAGAACUCAUUAAACCACCAAACAUACUACGAACAAUUGCUAAUACUGUUACUGGAAAAUCAAAUGUAUCUUCAAUAUUACCAUCUGGUCAGCUCUCAAAUGUACCAUGGCGUAGAUCUGGUGUCAAGUAUGCUAAUAAUGAAGCAUAUUUUGAUGUUGUGGAGGAAGUUGAUGCUAUUAUUGAUAAAAGUGGAGCUACUGUUUCUGCUGAAAUACAAGGAUAUGUUGAUUGUUGUAUCAAGUUGAGUGGAAUGCCAGAUCUAACUUUAACAUUUGUGAAUCCAAGACUAUUUGAUGAUGUAUCAUUCCAUCCUUGUGUUAGAUUUAAGAGAUGGGAGUCUGAAAGAAUCCUUUCUUUCAUACCACCGGACGGUAACUUUCGAUUAAUGUCAUAUCACGUAGGCUCACAAAGUGUGGUGGCUAUACCAAUAUAUGUGAGACACAAUCUUGUACUAAAAUCCAAUGGGGAUCAGGGGAGACUUGACUUGACGGUUGGACCGAAACAAACAAUGGGACGGACGUUAGAAAAUGUAUCACUUGAAAUCUGUAUGCCGAAAUGUGUGUUGAAUUGUUCCCUGACCGCCAAUCAAGGAAAGUAUUCCUAUGAUCCCGUCAGUAAAAUUUUGAUAUGGGAAAUUGGACGUGUGGAACUGCCAAAAUUGCCUAAUAUUAGGGGAUCAGUAUCGGUUGCUUCUGGAGCAGACACAUCAGGUGCAAAUCCAAGUAUCAAUGUACACUUGACGAUACCGGCGUUAGCAGUAAGCGGCUUGCGUGUGAGUCGUCUAGAUAUGUAUGGAGCUAAAUAUAAGCCAUUUAAGGGUGUAAAGUACGUCACUAAAGCGGGAAAAUUCCAUAUUCGUAUGUGA